ACAGCCGAAGUCUGAAGAAAAAGCAGCCAAGAAAAUUCCCCAUCUUGUAAGAUAGAGAAAUUCCUAUGUUUUGCGUCUGAAUUUGAAUAUGUUCAUCAAGAUUCUCUAUAAGUUAAUUUAACGGACAGGUAUUUGAAGUGAAGUGAUGGAUCAGUUAACAGCUCAGGGACGCCCUUUGCCGCCUCCGUUUCAGGCCAGAGAUCUUCAGCUCCACCACCACCAAUUCCAAAACCGCCAGCAGGAUCUUGAAGAUAAACAAAGCGAAAACAGUAAUAUAAACCGCAGCCUAAAGAGAGAUUGCGACGAAAAUUAUGGUGUUUCCACCACCACCAUCGGUGGAAGCGCCGAGGGGGAAGAGCUAGUGCCCGGCUCCGCCGAAGGGGAAAUGACAAGAAGAACCAGAGGCAGACCCGCCGGUCCAAAGAACAAAUUAAAACCCCCUGUAAUUAUCAAUCGAGACAGUGCAAAUGCACUCAGAUCCCAUGUCAUGGAGGUUGCUAAUGACUGCGAUAUUCAAGAAAGUGUCUCCACUUUCGCCACACGGCGGCAGAGAGGUGUUUGCAUUCUGAGUGGUAGUGGCUCUGUGAAUAAUGUCACUCUAAGACAUCCUUCUGCAACAAGCUCAGUGGUGACACUGCAUGGAAGAUUCGAAAUCCUAUCCAUUUCUGGUUCCUUUUUGCCACCUCCGGCGCCGCCUGCUGCGUCAGGACUGACCAUAUAUCUCUCCGGCGGACAAGGCCAAGUAGUCGGGGGAAAUGUUGUGGGGCCACUUUUCGCUUCCGGCCCCGUGGUUAUUAUGGCAGCAUCAUUUGGUAAUGCAGAAUAUGAAAGGUUACCUCUAGAGGAUGAAGAACCACCAAUGGCGGAGGCGCCAGGCGGCGGAGCCAUUGGAUCACCUCCAGGAAUUAUUGGCCAGCACGGGCAACAGCUUAUGCCUGAUCAUGACACAAAUCUUUUUCAUGAGAUGCCUUCAAAUCUCCUUAAUUCAAACCAAUUACCCACCGAAGCUUGCUGGGGGACAGGUCGCCUUCCUUUUUAGCAAGAUUUCUUUGCAUUCUUCUUAAUUUCUUUUGAAACUAGUUUUUCUCAUGGUAUCAUCUGGUAAUUAAUCUGUCUUUAGUUCAAAAGGGAUGUACAAAUUCAUGAUUUUUUUUUCCCUACAGUUAGUAGUGGAAUUUGAGGACUCUUUUUUCCUCACCGGUUGCAUUUCAA